AUGGACUUUGCAGUAAUCGGCACGGAUAAACAAGUGGUUAAGGGUGCUUAUGAUCCAUUUUUCAAUAUCAAAAUAAAGUAAGUUUUCCUUGUUUCGUUUCUUUUUGUUUAGGUCCACCAUAAAUAAUAUAAUUUCUCUUCAGUAACCCGAAAGUCUCGUUGGAAGUGUUCAAUGUGUAUUGUGGAAGUCUAAAGAAGAUCAAGCUACGAGCUUUGACCGCGAACGUUGAGGAUCCCAACUUUGUGACCAUGGGUGUAGUCGUUCAAUCUUCAGGGACCAUGAAGAGCGCAAAAAAUUCGGAAUAUGUGAUUUGGACGCUCGACGAUUUAAUGGUGGGUCUUGUAGUGCUUUCUGGUUCUUUGGGAAGAGUAGUGGGACCAUUCCGCCGAUGUUUUCUCAUUUAUUCAAAAAAUUUUUAUAUUAUCCCUGCCAAUUUCUAGGACGAUCGAAAAAUCAAGAUAUUAUUGUUCGGAGAAGCCGCAACUGCCCAUUGGAAGAUCCAGACCGGCUUCACCGUGGCUUUGACACAUUUACAGCCGGCGACGAGCGAUAGUCAACAAAAAAAUUCAAUGUUAACCUUCAAGGUGGUCAAGGAUAUUCAAGUGGUUGCUCUGGGAUUCUGCCCGGAUUAUGGGAUUUGUCAAGUGAGUGAAUUUGACGUCUGAUGCCUUUGCUGUGCGAUGAGUCGUUUUUCUCUUUAUUUUUUUCGGUUUUUAGGGCAUGAAAAAGGACGGCGGUAGAUGCACCAACUACGUCAAUAUCUCGAUCACUCCCAACUGUGAUUUUCACAUUCAACAAGCCGCCAAGAAGUUCCGAUCGCAGCGCGGUGCAUUCUCGGCCAUUUCCAACGAACGCCCAAAGUGUGCGACCCCAAGGGAGCCCAGACCGUUCAUCUCGCAACGAGAGGAUUAUGGAGAUGUAAAGGUGGUCAAACUGGAUCAACCCUGGUAUGUUUUACAAAACUUUUUUGGAGAAUCCUGGUCUAUAUGAAUUUUAUAGCACGUCAAAAGCAACGAUGCGACCAGGAGACCGCGCGUUGAUCGCUUCCAGAGCUGUGAGUUUGAUUUUAGGUAUCAAUUUUGAGUUUUCAUAUUUUAUCUCACGGCUAGAUGCUCAGAGUAGGGAAAAAUUUGGCUGAAAUUUAGAUGAUCAUGUGGCGAGACGAUGAGAGAUUUUUUUUGGAUGGCUGAGAAAAUUUUUUUUCAUCUCAGGUUUUGAUCGAUACUAUAAUAUUUUGUAGAUUUACCCCAAAAUUUUCAGAGAUUGGGGCAACGAGCUCUCACCGCAUUGGCUGAAAACCAAGCCAAAGCCGUGAAAGAAGAGGAAAAGGACAGGAAACCCGAACCGGCCUCGAUGAAAGCGUUUUUAGCUGUGAAAACGGUAAUUUUUUUGAUUUUUGAUCGAUUUUGGUUUUUAGAAUUGGAUGAAUUGUUGAUUUGCAGAAAGAAGAACGUCUCAAAAAAGCGAUCCUAAAGGCGGGCACCCCUCAACUUGGCCGAAACACGCAAAGGGGAACAAUUGCCGAUCUAACCUCACCUCAAAAACCAAUACUAACCAAACGACCUCUACCGCAGAAGGAAUCCGCGGCUAGGGUGAGGAAUUGCCCUCGUAAUUGAAUUAGCCUUCUGUUUUCAGCUAAAAGCCGCCGCGAUUUUCAAGAAAUCGUUGGAAAAAACGGGAAAAGUCGACGGCCGAACGGCCCAAAAACGAAAAGCCGACAACGAAGAGGACAUGCCCUUGGCGAAGAAACAAAAUUUGCUGACGAGCACGGAGAAGCAGGCGGGCAAUCUGGACGAAAGAAUCAAAAAGUUGUUGGCCAGAAAGUCGACUCAUCAGAAAGAUGUUGAUCAGGAGGUCCAAGAACGAGAAAAUCGGUAUUUUCAACAAAAGGAAGUGGAGGAAAAGGUGGAGGGAAGAAUGACAACACUCAUGGAGAUGAAAGACGUCAAUGUGGUGACUUGUAAAGUGGUAAGUGGUGUGUUAGUUGGGUUGGGAGGGGAUUCUUGGUUGUACUAGGCAGCUGAAAGGGAAGAGGAAUUGAAGGUGAUUUGACGAUUAAAUUGAGAUAAAUGACGAUGCAUAAGGAAGAUGAUGGGUAAAACUUUCUAUAUUUAUUUUGCGUAAGAGUUUAGGAUCGUUUGCGUUGGGUUAAAAGGGAAUUUUAUAUUGUACUAGGUGUCUGGAUGGAGAAAGUGGAAUUGAAGGUGUUUGUGUGAUAAAAUUGGGAUCGAUGUUGAAUACGAGGGAAGCUAGUAGGUGGUGCUACGAACUAAAGCUAUUUUAAGUUGUUUUUUUUUCUUGUUAUUUCGGCUUAAAACUUGGUUUUAUAUUGUACUAGACAGGUGGAAGGUGAAAAUUGAUUUUUGAAAUUAUUUGGGCGGGAAAUUGGUUCCAAUAUGGGGUAUUUAGAAGGUAAUUUGUCCAAGAAUAAAGUCCAAUAAAAAAGUUUCCGAAAAAUUUGAUGCCUGUUAUGUUAGACGUCAUUUUUAGUGCGAUUACACGGCUCCAACGCCCGCGGAUCUUUGCCAACAAUUGUGCCAUGAACUGGUCCGUCAUAAAGCCCGGAAACGAUGGUUCAAAUGCAAAGAAUGUCAAGUGAGAGCGGCGGUGUACACGAUGUUACCCACCAAGCCAUGCACGGUAAGUUACAACGCAAACCAAGAAUUUUUUUUAAUGGGUUUGAAUGUAAAACAAUGUGCUUUUAGAAGUGCGGUGCCAAAAAUUUCGAACGAGUCGCCAUGAAAGACGAAAAGAAGGUCCAGCUCCGCCCGAACCUCGAAAUCCGCGGAGAGGAACGGAAAUUUGUCAAUUUUUAA